GUUGUUGCUGCUCUGCCAUUUUCUGUGUCUGUGAUCGUCUUGUUUCGAGUUCCCGUUCCCGUUGCCGACAUCUCCGAUCGUCGUACUUCUGUUUCAGCAACGCGUUUCUUUCGACUGUAUAUUUCGCAUACAUGUGACGCAGCCGCCGCCACCGCCGCCGCAGUGAUUUGUACGAAAAACGAUUUGUUUGUUGUGACAUUCGCCCUCCCCGACGGCCCUUUGCACAGAUGAUCGGUCAAUGAAGUUGUGCCGCACACAGUGGAAAAUUUCCGAGACACAGCAAAACUGAGCAGCAGCUGGUAAAAAGAGAAAAAAAACUAAAAUAAAAGACCAAAUUGGCUGCAACCAUCAUCGAAAGUCGUGGGUAAAAGAGCUCUUAAACCCAGCCCAGCCCAGCGCCGUCACACCGAAUGCCGAGAUUCUUCUCCGAGCUGCCGCACUGGAAGCGCCAAUUCGACCACAGCUCAAUGCAAGUGCGCUGGUACAGGCAUCUGCAAAUCAUCAAAUAAGCCGCGAAUAGAGACCAACUGGACCCAAGCCUAAGGAGUGCCCCCAUUCGCGCAGACCCUUGACGGAAAACGACGCCAAAAUGAGCUUCAGCUCGGCCAGCGGCCGCGAGAACAAUGUUCGCAAAUUGUCCUUUCUGGGCUUCAAUACCAAGAAAAAGUCCGGCAAUGAAGAUCCCGACGAAGUGCUGCUGGACUCGGAAAUGGACAAGGUCUUUGCCGGCUCAAGUGCGCGCAAAGAGAAGUUCGAUGUAAACACUUUCCAGGACAAUAGUCAGCAGCCAAUUGGUUCGCGCAAAAAGAGCAUACGCACAAAUGAUUUAAACAUCGAGGAAGAUUCGGAAUACGAAAGCCAAACGGAGCAAUUGACUAAUGCACAAAACUAUGAUGACAUACCCGAGGACUUUCCACUAGUCUCCGAGCGAGCUGGACACGGCGAUCACUCGGAUAAUUCGGCCGAUGAGAAGCACGUGCAGUUCGGUGAUGCCAAAAAGAAAGUUGUCAUCACACCGCCCAGUCUGAGCUAUGAUGAACAGCCCACGGAUCAAUCGCACGAACGCAAACGCAGAAAAAGCCGCCAUCAGUAUUAUAGACAACGUAAAUUCUCACAUCAGGACAGCGUGGAACCCAAAAAGACAAUCGAGGAGAACGGUGAUGCAGGUGCGCGUAGGAUCUCUGUGCAGCCUGAGGACACGGCAUUGGAGGCAAAUGCCCAAGCGCCGGCUACACAGGAAGCUGAUCUCAAUGAGCUGAGAUCACAUCGUUCGGAUGAUCCGCGCGCCCUGCGACGCCACAAGAUUCACCAUUCAUCCAUCAAGCUGCGCGAAUUGCCGCAAAUAACUAUUUCACCGUUUCUAAACAAGAAGCCCGAGAUCGAUCACAGUCCACAUGAGAUCUUUGUGCAGCUGGACGAGCUUACGGGCGUGGGUGAGGAUCGCGAGUGGAAGGAGACAGCGCGCUGGAUCAAAUAUGAGGAGGACGUGGAGGAGGGCUCCGAUCGCUGGGGCAAACCGCAUGUUGCCUCUCUCUCAUUCCACUCGCUGCUCAAUUUGCGUCGCUGCCUGGAAACGGGCGUUGUGCUGCUGGACCUCAAUGAGAAGGACCUGCCUGCGGUUGCCUAUCGCGUGGUCGAACAGAUGGUGGUCGAUGAUCUUAUCAAUAUCAAUGACAAGCCAUCGGUCAUGCGCUCGUUGCUGUUGCGCCAUCGCCACGUGAACGAGCACCAGGGCGUGCUGCCCUUCACCAAGCGCAAAUACAACAGCUAUACGAGUCUGCAGCAUCUACUACCCAAAUCGCUACUUUGGAUGGGCGCCGAGGCCACUCAGCAGCUACAACAGCAGCAACAACUACAACAACAACAACAGCUACAACAACUACAACAACAAUACCUACAACGAUCCGCCAAAACGAGACGCAGCAUCUGUGUGAGCUCCAGUGCGCCGCCAGCGGCCAUGCUCAAUCUGGGCGCCAUAGACCAUCGACGACACUCGACGACCUCAUCGUAUCUGGGUAACCUCUCGGGCAGCACGGAUGACAAGAAGAUCAAGAUAAUGCCAGCCAGCGAGAUUGGCGGCAGCAAGCGCAGCAAUGAGCUCAAGAUAGACAUGAAGGAUGACAUGUACUCCUCCUCGCAGGAGGAUCUCAAAAAGCUGCAGAAUGAUACCAUCCUCAAGCGUAUACCCGCUGGAGCUGAAGCUACAACAGUCUUGGUGGGCGCCGUGGAGUUCUUGGAGCAGCCCACAAUUGCCUUUGUGCGUCUGUCGGAGGGCGUGCUGAUGCCCACGCUGACAGAGGUGCCUGUGCCAGUGCGCUUCAUGUUUGUGCUGCUGGGACCACGCAACUUUGACCUGGACUACCAUGAGGUGGGUCGCUCCAUCUCGACGCUGAUGGCCAAUGAGCACUUCCAUGCCAUCGCCUACAAGGCGGACGAUCGUCGUGAUCUGCUGUCGGCCAUCAAUGAGUUCCUCGAUGAUUCCAUUGUGCUGCCGCCUGGCAACUGGGAUCGUCACGAUCUGCUGCCCUUCGACGAGCUGAAGGCCAAGAAAGACUGGAUAAGAACGCGCAAGAUCAAGGCGUUGCAGGUGAAGCGCGACAGCGAGAUGAUCAAAAUUGGCAGGGAUGAGGAGAAGGCGCUGCUAGAGAAGCAGGCACUGGGUGCCAUCACCGGCCCGGGUGGUCCCGGCGGCGAUGGCGGCGACGACGACGACGAUGACGGCAAAAAGAAGCGCCCCAGUCCCAUGGACAAGACGCAUCGGCUCUGGGGUGGCCUGCGCAACGACCUCAAGCGUCGCAUGCCCAUGUACAAGAGCGACAUACGAGAUGGACUCAACACGGAGACACUGGCGGCCACCAUCUUCAUGUACUUCGCCUGCCUAUCGACGGCCAUCACCUUUGGUGGCUUGGCCUCGGCGAAGACGGACAACUGGAUCGGCAUACCGGAGACUCUGAUUGCCUGCUCCCUCGUGGGCAUCGUCUUUCAUUGCCUGUCCUGCCAGCCGCUGGUCAUCAUUGGCACCACCGGACCGCUGUUGCUCUUCGAUGAGGCGCUCAUUGUCUUCUGCAACGAAUACAACUUUGAUUUUCUAUCUGUGAGAGUUUACGUGGGCGUCUGGCUGAUCAUCAUAGCGCUGUGCGUGUCCGCCUUUGAGGGCAGCGUCUAUGUGCGGCUGUUGACACGCUUCACGCAGGAGAUCUUCUCGGCGCUGAUCACGCUCAUCUACAUUGUGGAGACUAUGAUGAAGCUCGUGUCCAUUUACAAGCUCAAUCCGCUGCUGUCCGACUACAAUCUGCCGCCACCGACACUCGUGGGGCACGACAUCGGCCACAAUGACACCAACUUUAAUAUCAGCGUGACUCUGGUGAAUGCCAGCUCCACAAUGACACCGCCAGCGCUGCCCAAGAUACCCACCAAUCAGCCCAACACGGCGCUCUUCUGCACCAUUCUGACACUGGCGACCUUUGUGGUCGCCUACUAUCUGAAGCUGUUCCGGAAUUCGCAUUUCCUCGGCCGCAAUGCGCGACGUGCUCUGGGCGACUUUGGUGUGCCCAUUUCCAUCGCAAUGUUUGUGCUGAUUGACUAUUUGGUGCCCUCCGUUUACACCGAGAAGCUGGUGGUGCCCGAGGGUCUGUCGCCCAGCGAUCCGUCGCGUCGCGGCUGGUUUAUUGGUUUCAAUCCAUGCGAGACUUGGGUGCCCUUUGCCUGCGUGGUGCCAGCUCUGCUGGUCUACAUUCUGAUAUUCAUGGAAUCACAGAUAUCCGAGCUGAUUGUGGAUAAGCCCGACCGUGGCCUCAAGAAGGGCUCCGGCCUGCACUGGGACAUCGUGCUGCUCUGCCUGCUGAACACCUUCUGCGGCCUCUUCGGCAUGCCCUGGCAUUGUGCUGCCACAGUGCGAUCCGUGACGCACGUGUCCUCGGUUACAGUGAUGUCUCGCACCCAUGCACCUGGCGAGUCGCCGCGCAUCAUUGACGUCAAGGAACAGCGCCUGUCCGGCUUUUUUGUCUGCGUUAUGAUCGGACUGUCGGUGCUGAUGGCGCCGCUGCUGCGGCUCAUACCCAUGGCCGUGCUCUUCGGCGUCUUUCUCUACAUGGGCGUGGCAUCCAUGAGUGGCGUGCAGCUGUUCGAACGCAUAAGACUCUAUUUCAUGCCAGUCAAGCAUUAUCCACCCACGAACUACGUGAAGCGUGUGCGACCCUGGAAGAUGAAUCUGUUUACGGCCAUACAGGUGCUGUGCCUGGUUGUUCUGUGGACGGUCAAAUCAUCCAAGUUCUCGCUAGCCUUCCCCUUCUUCCUCAUACUUAUGGUGCCCAUACGACAGAUCUUGAACUCGAUCUACAAGCCAGAGGAAUUGCAAGCGUUGGAUGGCAGCGAGGUCAAGGCCGACGAGGAUGAGCCCGACUUCUAUGAGCAGACGACCAUACCAGCUUAGUGACUUAAGUGCAACUGUAGUCGGACUCUGUCCGAGCUCAGGUUUAGGCCAAAUUUAAUUAGUUCUUUUUUUUAUAUAAGUAUUCAAAGUAUUAAAGCCAAGCCGAGUCCCAACAAAGGCAAAAACAACAAGAACAACAACAACAACAAAUGCAAACGCUAAAAGUUUGUAAGAAAUUUCUGGUGAUCGUGUUAACGAACUACCUGCAUUAGUAUUUAGAGAGGAGGAUGUAGCCUAAAAGAAAGAAAGAAACACAAAACAAAAACUUACACACACCUGAAAACCUAUUAGAAUGUAAGGGUCACACCUGGCCGAGGUGAGUGGCAGAGCUGAAAACUCAAGAGCAAAGGAAAAACGUUGUACCUAAAAAAGAAAGCAUGAACCACGACAUGGUAGAGCAACUCUGUUGGCUAAAUACAAAUACCAAUUCGUAGCUGAACUACCGAUAAAUGAUAGUCGAUAACCGAUAAUUGAUAAUUGAUAACUGAUAACUGAUGACCGAUGAGCGACUCUGAAUAAACGAUUCAAAGAAAAGACUCAAGUUCAAGCAUCUGGUGUGCACUUAGGGCCCGCAUUUAUGCCUUAUGACAAAAUGUUUGCUUAGCGAAAAAAAUAACUAUUUAUGAAAAUGAAAUACAAACACAAAGACGAAA